GUUUAACGAUGUCCGAUGAAGGUCUGAUUAUAUUUUACAAUAUUUAUUACAAUGGAUAUACUUCCGCAAAUUAUGAAAUGUUUCUGCAGAAUAAUUUAUUACUAAUUGAAAUGAAGCUUGUAAAUAUUGGUGUGAAUUCCGGAAACAAUUCUAGAGUUGAAAAUCUGAAAGUAAAAAUCUGCAGAAUAAGUGUACUUAAUAUUACUGUCAUCGAAUGUUUACCCGACAUGUUAGGUUUCGUCUUCAUUACGAUUCUCCUUAAACUUGUGCAUCCUGCUGAAGGGGACUGUCACGUAAACAACUGGCCAUUGUCAUGUGAAGCCAACUUCAAAGUAGGGCCCGAUAAAUGUGAACCAUGUGAAGCCGGUAAAUAUGGAUGUAACUGCUCCCAGGACUGCACCGUCAAUACAUAUGGUUUGAACUGCUACCUCAAGUGUAAUUGUUCUGUGGAUGAACUUUGUGACCCAGCAGUUGGAUGUGUUAGCUUCAACAUCACUUCAACGUACAAAACAUUUACACAACAAACAUCGGUUUCAGCAUCAUCAUCAUCAUCAUCAUCAUCAACAACACCAUCUUCAUCAUCAGAAGCUCAAGAGACGACAACAGUGCUGAGAAAUAGUGCAGCGCCAUUAAAACCAUUAACGAUGUUCAACGCUGUUAUUAUUGCAUUAGCAGCCUCAUUGGUUUUAGUGGUUACGCUGAGCAUUUCCUGCAUAGUUAUUGUAUUAAGACGAAACUCGAAAAAGGGGACAAAAACAGCUACGAAAACAAAGAACAGCGAGGAGAUGUCUGAGACCGCGGAACAAAAUCCAGAUUUCCAUUCGUACCUUACCAUCAGCGAAAGAUCAUUUCGUCUGUAUGCCGAUGUUCAUUAUGACGAAGCGGAGGAGAGGAAGAGCUUAACAUCAGUAUCACUACACAGCAAAGGAUACGAUACCAGCAUCAGUGAUAAAAGUGGAGGAUCCGGUUAUUAUCUAACACCGACAGUAAAGACUGCCAAAAAAGACACAAACGGUAGUCAGUCAUCUGUAACACCGACAGUAAAGACUGCCCAAAAAGAUGCAACCGGUAGUCAGUCAUCUGGCGAUUAUGACGAUACCAUCACAAAUUGUUCAGAAACCUGUAUCUGACGAUUAAAUACAGAUUGCUAUCAGGGAAACAUAAGGCAUGUUUGAUGUAAUUAAAGCAUGAGAUGUCUC